UCCUUGACGUCAUACCUAGCUACCUACCUAUGGCAGACAAUCACCGCUUCUGUAUUCGCAUCUCUCAAUUGAUGAGUAUUUGUUUACAACUCCAACAGGCUCCGCAUCUUACACUAUAUAGCUGCGAGAAAAUAAAAGCUCGCGGGCAUCCGUGAUGGCGCCCUUGAGACCUCGGCUUGGCCCGUUUGGUGAAUGCCUCAACUGCGCGGGGCUCGACUUCCACGACAUAUUCGGGUUCGGGUCUUCCGACCUGAUAGACCCCCUCUCUCUGCGGAACGCUUCGGCCAAUGCUGAAGUCUGUGCAUUCUGCCGUCUGCUCGUUCGGGCGGCACAGCAGUAUGUCGCUCCUCGCAGCAUCGUGGACCACCGAGACGGGAUUCUUGUUAGGUUCGCCUUCUCUCUGGGCCACUUCUAGGUCUCGCCUUCAGACAUAGGGAGUCGCUAUUUGUGCGCCACCAUCUCUCCGCCCCCGUCGCCGUUGGAUAUGUCGAGGAUGCUUGCAUUCAGCUUGAUCCCAAUCUCCGAUACAAUGCCGGAUUCCCUGUACAACCAGGUCGAGCAAAACCAGAUUGAUCUCAGUGCCUGCCGCAAAUGGAUCGCUAGCUGCGGAAGGGAGCACGCGAACGACUGCGGUGUCGUUUCCGGACCGGUACGACUUGGUCUAGAAACGACGCUUCGUCUCAUCGACGCCGUCGAUGAGUGUGUCGUAGUCGCGCCGCCUGACGCGCGAUACGUCACUCUAAGCUACGUAUGGGGUCAGGUCCAGUCGCUGAAGCUGGGCAGUAGCAACGCACCAGUUCUGGCGCAAAAGGGAAGCCUCUUCUCUCAGGAAACCCGCGUUGCCCAAACCAUCGUCGACGCCGCCACGGUGGUAAGGGCUCUUGGUGAGAGAUAUCUCUGGGCCGACCAGCUCUGCAUCAUCCAGGACGCUCCCGACAAGGCUCUCCAGAUCAAGGCCAUGGACAAGAUUUAUGGCGGUGCCUUGCUCACCAUCGUUGCUGCGGACGGGGACAACGCCGACACCGGUCUCCCUGGGGUCCGGCCCGGGACCAGAGGCCGAAAUAUCACUCAGAUCCGCGAGGAAAUUUGGCCCGGUCUCGGUGCCGCCGUCGCCAUUGAUCCUCCUCUCGAUCCAGCCGGUUCCAUCUGGGGCUCUCGAGGAUGGGCUUUUCAGGAGCAGCUGCUAUCCAAACGCUUGCUUCUGUUCUACCAAGGCGGAGUCUUUUGGCAAUGCCGAACGGCCGUCUUCUACGAGGACGCGCCAGCCGCGGCGAAAGUCGGGACCGGUCAAAUGCCCCGGCUCGAGCAACUAUCCCCUCGCUGGGCGGCUGGCCAGGCCCCCGCACCCAUAGUUGAAAUCCAGGAGGACCACCUCCCCGAGCCCCUAUUGCGGCCGGCGGUGUUCACCGAGUACGCAAACGCGGUAAAAGAGUACACCAAAAGAAACCUCACCUACUCCGACGACAUCAUCAACGCUUUCGAGGGCAUAUCAAGCCAGCUGAGCCACCAUAUCGGGAACAGUUUCUUAGCUGCUCUGCCCGAAAGCUAUUUGGAUGUGGCGUUGCUGUGGACGCCGGUCGUUCGCCAAAUUCGACGCGAUUGUCGCCGUACACGAUUCCCCAGUUGGUCCUGGACUGGUUGGAUAGGCCGGGCAGAAUAUGACACUACCAGCCCAGACGGGAGGGAAUGGAUUGAACCGAACAUCAAGUGGUACCUAAAAGAUGGAACAACAGCCCCUCGCCUAGCAAACCAAGUUGGCAUCGGCAUCGAUGAGGUCCCUCUCGGCUGCAAACUCAGCUCCAACUCGCUCUCCUGGAUGCCGACCUUUGAUUCAGUGGCCAGCCAAGCCGGAGAAGUCCCUACACUCGAGUUCCCCGACAUGCGAGGCCCAUACCUCCAACUCUGGACCAGUUGCUCAUUCUUCACCAUCGACCGCAGGAGCUGGCGGACCCCGGAAGAAUUCCAGGUGAAUUCCUCGGCAAGGAGCCCGAUCCAGGCGAAUAUUCUCUGCGCUACGGGAAACAGCCGGCAGCUCGCGGGGCAUAUGAUCCUCAACGGCGACGGGCCGGAAGAAGUUACUAGGGAGCGGCACGGGUUCAUAGUCCUUUCCGGCGCUUAUGUGAAGGGAUUCGACCCCAUCAGCGGCAAGCUGACGUACUCGGAUGAGUCGCAGAUGUACAACGUAAUGCUCGUUGAGUGGGACCCUGCGCGCCAGAUUGCAAGUCGGCUGGGCAUUGGGAGGAUAUUCAAGGAGGCUUGGGAUACGUCUCUGCCGGUCAUUCGUUAUGUCACAAUUGGGUGAGAGUUGAUGGAUUUAAUACCGAGGUUAACCGAUCGAUACGCGUCCUGCAUGCGAUGACAAAUCCGGACCAACAUAUUACCCAACUUUUGGUGGCGCGCGAGCUUAA